AAUUUCAGUCUACAUCAAAGUUUAAGUAUUCAAGGAAGCAGAAGGGAAGAGUAGAAUGAAAAUUAUUGUGUGUUUUGUAUUAGUGGCGUUUAGUCAAGGCGUUCCCUACGAACCAAAUGCUUUACCCUCUUUAAGAUGUCGUUUUGGUAAAUACUACAAAGACGUGGGGAAUCAACCAAACUGUAACCUUCUGGGUGUUUCCUGUCCUGAACACGACUUCUUCUGUAAUGGAGACACAGAAACACAAAAUGGAUUCUGUUGUAAAAAGGAUAACCCAUGUAGAACGGGAAAUCCUUAUAAUGUAAGGGGUGAUGCUCCUGCGUGCCUUGGCGGGGAUUUCCGGUGCCCAGUUGGUUAUGCUUGUGUUGGGACUGCUUAUACGUCAUCAGUGUGUUGCCCAGUAUCAGGUAUUCCGGGAGGUAUUCCAGGCGGUAUCCCACCAAAUCCCGUCCUGGAAUGCGUGGCCGACGGCAGAACUUAUCAGCCAGGACAGGUCUUUACAAACAUUCAAGGAGAUCGUUGUAUUUGUCAACGGUCUGGUAUAGCUCGGUGUGGAGGCAAUAACCCCCUUCCGCUUCCUCCUUCUUCUUCAUUCUGUACUUACGUGCCAUUGGGCAGACAGUAUACCCCGGGACAGAGAUUUGUAGGAGAAGAUGGAUGCAAUGAAUGCUGGUGUGAACGUAAUGGAAGAAUCAGAUGUACUUCCGACAGUCCCUGUCACGGCCCAGCUGAUCAUGGGCAUGGUUCUCAUCCACCGGGACAACUGUAUUGUACCUACGAGGGGAAUCAUUAUGGUCCAAGACAAACUUUUACGUCCCCUGAUGGUUGCCAACAGUGUACAUGCGGGAGAGAUGGAAAUGCUGUAUGUAACCCUCGCCCAUGUAUCCGUAUUCCCGGUAAUAUCGGUAAUAUUCCACGUAUUCCAGAUAUCCCACGUAUUCCGGAUCUCCCGAGUCGUCCAGAUCAUGGUCAUGGGCAUGGGCAUGGACACAGUCAUAAGUAAUGAAAUAAAAUACAGUAAAAUACAUUUUAAUCAUUCUUAUCAAUAAAAUCUUUUUUCCCAAAAAUAUUUAUUAAAAUUUUUUUUAAAAAAGUAA